UCGCUGGGGCAGCUAUCAGAUGCAGGGAUGUGACGGGGGUUCACGAACAUCCCAAGUUCCAUUCAACAACGCGAUUCUCCCGUUCCACCCUCCACACCUACUGAUGUUCUAGACUGCAGGGUCAGAGCAACCAAAUUCCAUGAUCUGAAGACUGAAUGCGACCAGUCCUGCUACGAUGGUCGCGUCCGCUGCGGCUGCUCGUUCCCGGCCCACGAUGUGAUCACCAUAUACGAUGCGGACCGGGUCCCCAAGUUUCGUCGGUGUUGGCACGACACGCUCUCAACGACGGAUGCCCUUUGCAGCUCUCUAGAUCUGCGAGCUCGUCUUCAUCUUCAAGAUGGAAGCAGCGCCAGUUCAAAGACCAGUUUACAAGAGAAGCCAAGGUUCAAGGCCUCAAAAGCCGUGCAGCGUUUAAAUUGCUCGAGAUUGAUGAGAAGCACCACCUUUUCAAACGUGGGGCAACUGUCAUCGACUUGGGUUAUGCACCAGGAUCGUGGUCACAGGUUGCCAUAUCGCGUACACAACCCAAUGGACGGGUGGUGGGAAUCGACAUGCUCCCCGCGCAACCUCCGAGGGGCGUCUCGACAAUUCAAGGCAAUUUUCUGUCUCCCGCCGUGCAAGCAGAAGUGCGCACAUAUGUCCAGGACCCCGCAAGGGGACGGCCGAUCCAACGAGGAAUCCCACCACCGACUGCAGAAAGUGAAACAUCGGAAGAGAGGAGUGAAAGCUACAUUGAUAUGGACCGACACCUGGCAGCGGAAGGCAUGGAGCCCAUGGGUGGUGUGGUUGAGGAGUUGGAGCAAGCCGAAACCCGUCUGUCGACAAAAGAGAAAGAUGUGGCCAUGGGGCGUGUGGUGGAUGUGGUUCUGAGCGAUAUGUCUGCACCCUGGCCUCAGACCACUGGUUUCUCGGUGAACUCCGUUAGUGACGCAUAUACUAGGAUGAUGAACUCGAGCGGCAACUCCUUUCGAGAUCAUGCCGGAAGUAUGGAUCUUUGCAUGGCUGCGUUGACGUUCAGUUUCGAUACUUUAAAGACGGGUGGCCACUUCGUAUGCAAAUUCUACCAAGGAUCGGAGGAAAAGGCAUUUGAAGCUCAACUCAAGAGACUUUUUGAAAAGGUGCAUCGCGAGAAGCCCAAGGCGUCUAGAGGAGUACGUCUUUGUUACAAUCGAUCUCCUGUUCUGGGGGCUAACAGUUUCAGCAAUCGAAAGAGGCAUACUUCAUAGCGUUGAGACGAAAGCCGCUCCCGAGUCGGGAGGAAGUAUUCGAUACAUAAUCAUCACAGAGUGGCCACGAUUUAGAACGUUUCAUCGAACA